AUAGGGCGCUCCAUCGCCGUGCCCACUGCCCACCGUGUGCCAUCUCCCACACCAAAUCCCAAUCCGGCUCUCCCCCACCACCCCCAAAACCCUAGCUUUAAACCCCCAAAUCCAGCCAAUCCCCCCACCGAUUCCCGCCAUUUCGUGCCGGAGUGCCGAUCCACCGGACCUGCAUCGGUUCCUUCCGCUGGUGACGAACUCUGGGCUGCUUGGAUUUUUUUUUCCGGAGAAGUUCGUCCUGCUCUUUUUUCUUUCUACUACUAGGAUGGGUACUCCAAUCCACCCAGUUUGCUGCGUGGUGCUCUACUGAUACCGCCGCAGUGCCUGUUCCCGGUUAAAUUUCGAGGAAACUUUGCCCUUUUCUGGUUCCUGUUUGGUAAGAUGCAGUUCGAGCGCGAGGGAGCUAUUGGUGUUGGUGUCGGUGAUGGCCAAGGGGAAGACAGGGUCGACGAGCCUACCAGUUGUUCAGGUGCCUACGCUGUGGCAUCAGCGCAAACGCGACACCUCAUAUGCGUCGUGGACCAGAGGGAAGGAGGACUUUAUGCAAUGCGUGUGGGAUAGCAUGGGCAAAGGGGAAAAUGAGAAAAGUUAUUGAUUCUGAUGAACCCAUAGAUGAUGUCGCUAUUGCAAAACUGGUGCCGGAAAUUGGCAUGGAAUUUGACAAUGAGGACAAAGCAUAUGAGUUCUAUAACAGGUAUGCUGGACACAUAGGCUUUAGUGUUCGUAAGAGUUCAUCGGACAAAUCGUCUGACAACAUCACAAGGUCAAGAACCUUUGUAUGCUCAAGAGAAGGUUUCCGCAAGGACAAGAAAGGAGCUAAAGAAGUCAAAAGGCCACGGCCAGAAACAAGAAUAGGAUGCCGUGCACGGAUGACAAUUAAGAUUACACUGGAUGGUAAAUAUCGUAUUGCUGAAUUUGUAGCAGACCAUAACCAUCAGCCAGCACCUCCGUCAACCAUGCAUAUGCUGAGAUCUCAGAGGGUACUUACUGAGUUACAAACAACUGAAGCAGAAUCCUCAGAGGAUUCCACAACACCGUCAAGCUUCCCUGGUGGCUCUUUGGUGCAGCAGGCAGGCACUUUUAGAAAUGUUAAUUUCCUUCCAGCAGAUUACAGGAGUUCCCUUCACUCAAAGCGUAUGAAAAAUAUGCAACCUGGUGACGCAGGAGGUGUUGUGAAGUAUCUGCAGAGCAUGCAGUUGAACAAUCCUUCUUUCUUUCAUGCUGUCCAACUUGAUGCGGAUGACAAGCUGACCAACAUUUUCUGGGCUGAUUCCAAAUCGAGAAUUGACUUGAGCUACUUCGGUGAUGUGGUUUGUUUGGACACAACCUACAAGAUAGAUGCACAUGACAGGCCAUUAACUCUCUUCCUUGGAGUGAAUCACCAUAAGCAAGUUUCCAUAUUUGGUGCUGCUUUGCUUUAUGAUGAAUCAGUAGAGUCCUUCAAGUGGUUGUUUGACACGUUCAAGAUUGCUACAGAUGGAAAGCAACCAAAAACAAUCUUGACUGAUCAAUCAAUGGCAGCAAGUGUUGCCAUUAGAGCGGCAUGGCCUGGCACAGUUUACUGUCUUUGUCCAUGGCAAAUGUACCAGAACACUGUCAAACAACUUAAUCACAUCUUCCAAGGUUCUAAGACAUUUGCAAAGGAUCUCAGCAGAUGUUUUUAUGACUAUGAGGAAGAAGAGAGCUUUUUACUAGGAUGGAGAACUAUGGUAGAGAAGUAUGAUCUAAGAAACAAUGAGUGGCUUCAUAAAUUAUUCGAAGAUCGAGAUAAAUGGGCAUCUGCAUACAAUCAACAUGUAUUCACUGCAGAUAUAAAAAGUUCAUUGCAGUCAGAAAAUGUCAGUAAUGUGUUGAAAAAGUACUUGAGUCCACAAUUUGAUCUGUUGUCUUUCUUCAAGCACUACGAAAGAGUGCUGGAUGAGCACCGGUAUGCAGAGCUACAAGCCGAUUUUCAUGCAAGCCAGAGCUUCCCUAGAAUACCUCCCUCGAAAAUGCUAAGACAAGCUGCCAACAUGUACACACCAGUGGUUUUUGAAAUAUUUCGCAGAGAGUUCGAGAUGUUUGUGGAUUCAGUGAUUUACAGUUGUGGGGAGUUUGGAACUGCAUCUGAUUAUAGAGUAGCAGUAACAGAUAAACCUGGGGAACACUAUGUUAGGUUUGAAUCCAGUGACUUAUCUGUUGUCUGUAGCUGUAAAAAGUUCGAGUCAAUGGGUAUCCAGUGUUGCCAUGUGUUGAAAGUCCUUGAUUUCAGAAAUAUAAAGGAGUUGCCACGAAAAUAUUUGAUGAGAAGAUGGAAGAAGGAUGCCAAGUCUGCAGAUACAGGAAAUCAAGAAUCCUUGACUGAUGGAGCUGUGCAAACUCCAGGCUCUUCUUUAAAUGUUCCAGUGCCAAUUGUAGAUCAGCAACAACAGCAUUUAAAUAAUCACCAUGAACAUGCUGCUUCUGUAUCUAGCAUCCAUCACCAAGCUCCUCAUGGAGGCACCCAGCGAAACCAGGGUUAUGCCCCUUUAGCAGCGAUGAACCAGCAGCAAUUUAUGGGAAGUUUCACUCUAAAUCAUGAAACAGGUUUCUAAUGAAAAAUGGGGCCUAGACUUUUGUCCUAUUGCUCUAAAGAAACACUUCCUAUUUGUGUAACUCCUGUAAGUUAUUUAUGUAGUAUCAGGAAUAGAGAUUGUUAGUUGGAUCUUGGAAGUAGUAAAAGAAAAUCACAACCAU